AUGCCAGACCCUACCCGCCGCCGCGUCCUGACCUCGGCCGGCCGCCUCGUCCUGGGCACGGCCGGCUUGGGCACGGCCGGCUUGGGCACAGCCAGCUUGGGCACGGCCGGCCUCGCGGCCCCGGCCGUCGCGCGCGAGCGCCGGGUCUGGCGCCUGGCGACCUCCUGGCCGAAGAACGCGCCCGGCCCCGGCACCACCGCCGCCCGCCUGGCCGAGCGGAUCACCGCCCUGUCCGGCGGGCGCCUGACGGUCGAGCUGCACGCCGCCGGCGAGUUGGUGCCCGCGCUGGAGGUCUUCGACGCGGUGGCCGCCGGCACGGUCGAGCUGGGCCACUCGGCGGCGCUCUUCUGGUCGGGCAAGAUGCCCUCGGCCCCCUACUUCACCGCCGUGCCCUUCGGCCUGCUGCCCGAGGGCCACGACGCCUGGCUGACCGCCGGCGGCGGCCAGGCCCUGUGGGACGAGCUCUACGGCGCCUUCGGGGUCAAGCCCUUCGCCGCCGGCAACUCCGGCAUCCAGAUGGGCGGCUGGUACCGCAAGCCCAUCGCGGGGCUGGAAGACCUCAAGGGUCUGCGGGUGCGCAUGCCGGGUCUGGGCGGCGAGGUGCUGCGCCGGCUGGGCGCCGCGCCGACCACCCUGCCGCCCGGCGAGAUCUUCACCGCGCUGUCGACCGGCGCGAUCGACGGGGCGGAGUUCCUGGGGCCCUGGCAGGACCUCUCGCUCGGCCUGAACCGGGCGGCCCGCUACUACCUCUGGCCCGGCUGGCACGAGCCCAACGGCAGCGCCGAGGCGCUGGUCAACGCCGCCGCCUACGCGGCCCUGCCCGAGGAUCUGCAGCGACUGAUCGCGACCUGCUGCGAGGCGGAGAACCGGCGCGGCCCGGCCGAGGCCGAGUGGCGCAACGCCGAAGCCCUGGCCCGCCUGCGCGAGGACCCGGAGGUGACCCUGGCCGCCUGGCCCGAGCCGGUGCUGCGCGCCGCCCGCGCGCAAAGCGAGGCGGUGCUGGCCGAGCUGGCCGAGGCCAGCGCCCUCGACCGGCGCCUGCGCGACUCCUACGCCGCGGCCAAGGCGCGCCUGCUGCCCUGGGGCCGUGUCGGCCGCCAUGCCCUGCUGGGCGCCCAGCUCGGCGCCUGA